GUCGAUUUGUCAGACCUUUCACAUGGCGUUUCUACAUUACCCUUAGAUCUAUACAUCAAAGAACUUGUCAAUGUACAAUUUCAUAAAACUUUUAGUCUGGAUUUAUUCUUCGAAAACACUUUUAUGUUGACAAAUCUGUAGGAAUCCAAAUGUACAUUUCAAUGUCCUUAUUCUGACGUGAAACUUUCCUCUGCCUUUUACUUUCAGAAAAACUGGCCUGCUUAAGACGUUAAGUGCUAGUGCUAAGUAACCUAGACCUGAUUGAAGAAGAAAGAAAGUGAAAAGGCCAAAGCAGAAAGAUGUCCCUUCCAAUAGAAUGGAAACUUAAAGAUUUGAAGAAACUUAAAGUUAUAUUAGAAAAGACACCUGUAGAUGAUAUAGAAGCAAUUCAGAGACAAAUUCCUAUUAAAACCAAAGAACAGAUAGAGGAUCUGAUAGCAAAGUUACGUAAUGCAGCCCCAAAAAAUAAAAGAAUAGAUACAGAGGCACCAAUAGAGAGUUGGUUAACAUUAGCAGCACAGUUGGUAUUUAGAGAUGAUAUAGAUCAUUCAGAAAACUUGUCUAGGGCUUUAUCAUUGAUCAGUGACCAUGAAGAGUUUAAUACCAACAAUGAAGAAUUUAAACCAGAUUAUAAACUGGUCUAUAAAUACUUGGCAGCUAUUUUACAAGGUUCUGACACUCUACCAUCUUUACCUUCUGUAGAGUGUGCAAUAGUAUUAGAUUUAAUGCAUAGUUUAGCAGACAUUUUAAAAACCAAAUCAACCAGUGGACAACAAAGGAUAAUGCAAUGGAAACAUCGAUUAUUAACUUGUAAAACUGAUAUUAAUCAAAAACUUGUUUUAACUGAAUUACAUAAAAAAGCUUUGAAUAAUGAUUUUUCAGAUCUAUUGAAUCCAGACAACAAAACUAAACUUGGUCAGAAAAGAAAGAGAGAAGACACUGCCCAAUGUUCGUCCAGUACACAAGCUAAUCUAGAUGAAGAAGAUGGUGCUACAGCUUUGGACAGUGUAGAACAUGAGUCUGAAGACAACUCUGUUUCUUCUGAACCAGAAGAUAUUCCUCUGAAGAAACCAAAAUUUUUGACUCUCAAUCCAUUGUGUAUUCCUGUUUCAUUACUAAAAUUGAAGGACCUCAAUAAUUCAGAUAAGAAAAGUUGAAAAUCAGUGUAUAGUUAAUAAGCUGGACUUUCUACUAAUAGCCAAAGUGAAAAAUGAAAAAUCCAAAUUAUGCUGUAUUCGAUAACUAUCAUGCAAAUAGUGGUUAUGGCUUUCUAAGAAAGUCUGAAGAAAUAGUACACAACAUAGUCACAACAUUGACCCUCUGAACACAAGAGGUAUCAAAUGCAGCAUUAGCUCAUACUUUGCAUGUAUGAAGUGUCUGUUUCGCCAAAUUUCCUCAAUUUGUGGAUAAGAGGAAGAAUUGAUGUGCUCUAAAGCUGGUAUUAUGAUUUUAUCUAGCUUUAUCUUUGCCACAAGCUUUUUUUGUUAUUCAAACAUUAGUUUGAAAUUUAAGAGAUCUUAGAUUCAUUUUUAUACAAACACAUGGAAAUGUGUUGGAGGAAUAAAUGGUUUAUUUUGAC